GUCCAAUUCUGAGUAAUCAUACAUAUGUAUAUUUAUUAAUAUUAUUGUUUUGACUUUGAUCUUUAUCUGCAUUUCACUUCCUCUGCUCAUUUAACUGUCACUCCGCCGCACGUCAUCGAUCGCUUCGUCGUUUGCGCUUGCGCGAAGGCCGUCUCGAACGCUUCAAUCGCCCCUUAAGCUCCCACAAACUGCGACAAACUGUAAGUGCUCGUACACCUGUUAUGUUGAUGAGCCGCACAACAACAACUUAGAAUGGCCGUCAGUCGUCACAAAUUCUCUGCGUCUGCAGCACCAAGGCACUCAGGUGCUACGAGACGACAGUGCUGAGUCAGUAGCGUUAGACAGCUGACAGCAGGUGUGCCCAGUUAAGCAUUACGAUCGCGCUGUAUCUCGGCAUUCGCGUAAAAAUAAUAAUCAUUAAAUAUUUGUACACUUUAUUUUGUUCAAGUCGUGUAGUGUUUUUUAAAAUGCAGUUUGUGCGCGUAAUCGGCAUUAUUUGUUGUUUGUUUUUAAUUAAUACACCGCUCAGCGUUGAUGCCAUCAAUCGCAGAGUAAAACUUUGCUUGCAACCGCCUCAAAGCGGCCGCUGCUUCGGCUAUGUCUCUAGCUUUGCCUACGAUCCGGUCGCGCGCAGGUGUGAGGAGUUCAUCUAUGGUGGGUGUGGCGGCAAUGAUAAUCGCUUCGAUUCGAAAAAGGAGUGUGAACUUACUUGUCGCGAUGUUUAAGCGGCGAUAUAGCGCGGUGAUUUUUGUUGGUGAAAUUUGUAAAUGUGAUUGUUAAUACUCUUACUUUAGGUCUUUUUCUAUCUUUAUGAAAAAAACAUAAACAAAUAAUUUAUUAAAAUACUCAAAAAUAAAAUGCAAGCUUGAAUUUGAGACUAAAUCACGCAUUUGAUUAUUAUUUUUGGUAAUAAAUAGAAAAUUAAGAUCUACAAUAUUCAGGCUUCGACUAAUCUCCGACUAACUAUAAAAAGCGAGAGUGUUUCCUAAUAACAAAACGCUUGUAGAAGCUGUCAGGCGGUAGAAGAGGAGGAGGAACUAUAAAACAACUUUCAUGCGAGUGAGAGAGGAUUUCAUGACGAUAUUUCGGUGGCUGCUCAGAUAACACUUUUUAUACUGAUGAAUUUCAUCGGCAGCACGGGUGGUUCAGAGAGAAGACAAGAGAGUGAGGCGAUCUUAGUUUCGGUGGUUUCACAACGGGUCUCAUAAAGGCAUGGUACUUCCUUUGUUUUGCUUGGGAGAAAGUUAUAGACGUAAUAAAAUCUCGAUAGGUGGCAC